ACACACACACACGGUAGCUGCGGCUAAACCGUUACUUUACGUUUCAGUUAAAAAGACAGAGGACACGCAGGAGAUGGAUGGAGUGAGAGGGGGAAUAACCAAGCCAGCGCUCAGGCUGUUUUUCUGAGCUUUCUGAGGACUGAGGACUGAGACACCAGGUGAAGCAGCAGUACCAUGUGAAUGUCAGAGGAUCAUGAAGAUCUCACACAAGUUGUUGUUUGCUCUCUGCCCCAUGCUGGUGCUGGUCUUCAUCUACUACUCCUCCUGGAGACUCCACCUCCAACCCUGGGGACCCAAACCAUACGUACACAAGGAGUCGACUUUUCCUCUAAAGGUCACAAAACCUCACGCUAAAGUGGCUACAGACGUGCGUGUGGCGCCGACUGUCUCUCUAAAGCUUACAGAACCUAAAACUAACCCUAAAGUGACUCCAGGGCCCAAAGGACCGGAGCGGGACGGAUCCACCAACGAUAUCAUCAGAGCUUCUAUGAACAAGAUCGAGCCAAAGGCGGACAUCCCCUCCAAGGAUCGGAAAGGCGCAGUGGUAAAGCAGGAGUUUCCUGGGCCGCAGGAAACGAAGCUCAGUCAGCAUGACAUGAAGGCCCAGGAUGGGAACCACAGCACUGGAACCUGUAAGAACGACUUUGCCGCCUCCAAGAUGGCUGCUCUCUUUCCAAAGUUCAUUAAGAUAGCACCUAUGUUUCUUGACCAGAACUUUAAACGAUUAUCCAAAGUCCAGGGCUAUUUACCUCCGUUUGGAUUCAAAUCACAAGAAACGGUCAUAAACGAAAUAUUGAACACGACGAAGACUUUCGGCCUGAGUCCAGAACUCGAGAGACUGAAAUGUAAAAAGUGUAUAAUCGUGGGAAACGGCGGAAUCCUGGCUAAUAAGUCCCUGGGCCCGCGCAUCGAUGAAUACGACAUCGUAGUAAGGUUAAAUCAGGCUCCGGUGAAGGGCUACACCCGGGACGUCGGUGCCAAAACCACCCUGAGACUAACCUACCCCGAGGGAGCCUUCAAUGACACGUCACAUUACGAGAGCGACUCACUGUUCGUCUUCUUAGGAUUCAAACCUCAAGACUUUAAAUGGCUGAAAAACAUCAUCUUCGGGAAGACUUUGAAAGGUAUCGAUGGCUUUUGGAAGUCUGUGCCGGUAAAGGUGCCCCGGGAACCUUCUAAAAUAAGAAUUCUCAACCCUUACUUCAUCCAGGAGGCUGCCUUCCAAUUCAUUGGCCUGCCACUGAACAACGGCGUCAUGGGUAAAGGGAACAUCCCAACACUUGGUACCGUUGCUAUAACAAUGGCGCUGCAUAACUGUGACGAGAUUGCUGUUGCUGGAUUUGGCUAUGACCUCAACACCCCUCACGCACCCUUGCACUACUACGAGGGAGUCAAAAUGUCUGCCAUCAAAGACUCAUGGACACACAAUAUCGCCAAAGAGAAGGAAUUUCUCCGGAAGCUGGUGAAGGCCAAAGUCAUCACAGACUUAACAAAAGGAAUCUGAUCAUCCCGGAGCAGGUGUUUUAACAAAGAGCGAGAAAGGAUGCUGGGAAAUUGCAUACUGCGGUAGCAGUCGAAAAGCAGGAUGCAAUGCUACCAUGAAAAAUGUGCCUUGUGAGCGAGGAAGCUUCCCCAGGAACCCGGAUUCCGUCCUCAACAUCUGAAGAGACCAGCUUUUCCUCUGUUCAACAAUCAUCCUGGAAUUUCAACUCAAGACACGUAUACGUAAGACCGAGAGGUAGACUCAAGAGCUGGACCAAUCGUGCCAAACGUACCUCUUCGAGGAGACGCCUUUCCUCUAGGCCAUGAAUGUAUUCACUGUGUAGAUUCCAUCGCUUCUUAGCAUCAUUUUAUCGUCAUGUUUUUUUUUUCGUCCAUUCUGCAUCAUUCCACGUCAAGCUCAGAGGUCAGCCUUCAUAUAGUGACAUGCAAAGUGUGCUGUUAAUAGGAAUGGAUGCUUUUUUUAAUUAUUAUUAUUAUUUAUUAUGUGACUUAAACCCUCUUUAAUUUGAGUGGAUUUUUAAUCUUUUACUGUUUGGCAACAUUUUUUUUUAUAAUGGUUUUAUUUUAAUUAUUUGAAAAUUUCUUGAUAUAAAAAGUUAAAUUAUUGUGUGUGUGCCCUCUCUCGCACGCUUUACAAUUCAUUCAUCGGAUUCAUAAUGCCCAGCAAGCCGCCAAGCCUGUGUAUGUUAGUGUGUGUGUGUGUGUGUGUGUGUGUGUCCCAAAUGCUACGUUCACAUUAUUAGCCAUGUCGCUCAGUUCAGAUUUUUUCAGAUCGGAUUUGUAUGCCAUGACGGUUCACAUUCAAAAUUACAAGUGACGUUUAUCUGACUCUAAUGAGUUUCUGAAACAAGACAUAGGUUCGUUCAAGCAUUAGUUCAUUUCAAACAACCGAUACGAUUUUAGCAAAAAACACACUUGGGUACACUCUGGGGAACGGCAAGCAGUUAGUCGGCUGUAUCUGUUCUUGGAGGCAAAAGGUAAAAAGGCAAAAAGUCACAUAAAUUCCAAUCCGCCCGUUCUCAUUCAAGUCACAUGACUGUGUAAUCUGAUAUGUAUCCGAUCUAGGACAAGAUACGAAAGUGAAUCAAUCAGACAGCCCUGGGGGGAAAAAAAUCAUAUCUGUGUCACAUCAGGGUCAAAAAUCCGAACGGUGUCACUUUAAACUGGUAAUGUGAACGCAGCCGAACAAACAGCUUUCAUGUUAGAUGUCACAAAACAGCUUCUCGCUGAAGGUACCGGAAAAUACAAAUGUUUACUUUUUCUAAUAACACAAUCAGCUUUGGCAGGUUGAUGAUUAUUUUCCAAAUAGAUUUUAGCUUUGUACUUUUUGAAAGUUUUAUCAUCUGUAUUUUUAAACCUUUCUAUUAAGAUUUGAUUCGUUCAGCCGUAUGUUUUUGAAGGCCGUGUGUAACAUGCUGAAUCACAGUCAGGGGAAAAAGGAAGUUUGCCAUUUUUUUUGCCAUGCGUAAUUUUAAUUUUUUUUUUGUUUGGUUUUGCACAGUAGAUAUUAUCGCAUUGCAGCUUUACAGAGCUUCAGACCUGAACCCACAGCAAGCGAACCAAAAGAGUGAGGAACUCCCCAGGAUCAUUCCACGUCACAGGAGAAAGAAAACGAGGAUUUUAGGGGAAACCAGGAACAUACACACAUUCUAACGCAGUAGUGGACGAGUCAAUAGCUUGGUUACCUGGAGUCAAUAGUUACCUGGAUAAAAAAAAAAAAACGGCAAAACCAUAUUGUGUCUUUUAGAAGCGAAGCUCAUAGCUGAUUUUGUUUUUAUUGCUGAUUUUUUAUCGAGGUUGCACAUGCUAUGAGAUCUCGCUCCUUUCUCUGCUUUAAAGCACUUAACUAGCUAGCUAGCUCGCCAUAUGUUAUUACAUUAUGCUAGCUACUGUAACACUUUCACUUUUAGUUUUUUUCCCCGGCCCGAAACAUGGUACUGGGGAGCAGGCCGGGACUUUCACCCGUCUGGUAAGCUAGCUAAUCGGUUUAAGGAUUUGUCCACACUGUAACAUGUAAAAAUUCCUAGCAUUUGUUGGCAAUCAGUGUUUUAUUUGUGUACACACUACAGUCAGUCCACAGGGUGCACACACUACAGAUUCGGCGUGGACGUGAUCAGUAGUAUUACGAGGACAAAUUUAUGGAAACGUCGCGAGGUUCAUCUCAACAAGUGUAAAGUUAUGACUGGAAGCGAGUGGAUUUAUUUGGUAUACGAGCGAAGUUUAGUUGCUGAACAAAAGUAGCAUCUAGGUCAACAAGGAGAUUUUCUUAUUUUCUGGAUCUUCAGAGGCAUAAUAAAUGUGUUAGCCAUUUUUAAUGUUUUGAAAGUGUAUUUGUCUUAGCCGAGUUUGACCAUCCGUGUAAUUCUGAUCAGGAUAUCCAGGACAUUUUAGCCAUUUUUAGCAUGCGCAUACAAACACACACACACACACACACACACACACACACACACACACACACACACACACACACACUAAACUAAGUAGGGUUGUCCAAAAUCUAACAGAAUGGUCAAGCUAGGCUAAGCAUAAUCAUAUUUAUUAUGUUUGGAGAUGUGUGUAAUACUGGAUACAGAGUAUCUGAAUCUCAUGCCAAAGACAUGUAUGCAGUAAUGUAGUAUUUUUAAGUGCUUCCUGGAGUUUGUCCUGAUGUCUCUCAGCAGCACUAUAAGAGCAGGAGUGUAGACGCCUUCAUCAUCACGACAGCAGGAUGGAAAGUGCUUAAUCAGUCUGGGUUUAGUUUUAUUUUUUUAUGCUCAUUUGGUUUAUUUAUUUUUUUUGAGAACCUGUACGUGUCGUGUAAGGCGUUCUGAAUGACUUUCCAGUCAAAACAACAAACUGUCAGAUCAUCGAGUCAACCAGAACAUGCAUGAUGCCGUCCAGCUCCUCCUUUCACCUCUCAGAUCGGUUGGACUGUCUGCUGUCAGUUUGAUUCAAGAAUAAAUUUUUUAAAUGAAUGACUAACUUGAAUAGAAUGUAUUUCAGUUCUUAUUGCACAUACAAGUACCGGAAAGGUUUGGACACGCUUCCAAUUCUUUUUUUCUUUUUUUGGGGGUGGGGGGGGGGGUAUUUUUCAGUUAUUUUAAGACAUGAAGGUCGGCUGUUCUGAAACAGUUCUUGCAAGAACAGUAUCGUGUCAAGUGUUAACCCAUUAAACUCCAUGAUGAAACUGUCUCUCAUGAAGAUCUUCCUAGGAAAGGAAGACCAAAACUGAGCUCUGCUGCAGAGAAGUUAAUUUAGGGUCACCAGCCUCAGAAAUCACCAAUUAACAACCAGCACCUCAGAUUAGAGCCGUUAUGAAGCUUUACAGAGCAGAAGGAGCAGAUAUACAUCUCAAUAUCAACAGUUCAGGGGAGACCAUUGGGUAUUUUAGACGCCUUCAGUGUCAGAAAACACUUGAGUUAAAAGGGGCGUCUGGUAGUGUAGCUAUCUUAUUCAUAAUAUGCUAUUUACAAAUGGGUGACAUUCGAGAAAACAAUGAUGGCUCUGUUGAGCCACGGUUUCUGGGUCACUGCAAAUCAAUCCAGAGUUCUUCCUACACAUCCCCUUUAUCCAGAUAGGUGUGUUCUCUUCCUGUUGACCCCGCCUCAGAGCAUUCACCCACAAGGCGUGAAUACUCACUCCCUAAUUUGAUGAGAUUGCAAAUGACUGCAAUCGUGAUUAAAAGUUGUCCUGGUCUUGUGAGACUAUGUGCAUCUUAACCUCGUCUAUGGCAGAUGUUGGAGCAACAUAAUCGAUGAUGAAAGAUCUUUUGAAUGGACAUCCCUGUUUAUCCAACAAAGACACUUCCACUUCCAGGGAUGUGUAGAAUCAAUGCCAAGGCAGGUUAAAGAUUUUUCCCGUGGCUUGUGGUGGCCUAAACAUUUUGCCAACACACUGUAUAUUGCUUUAUAUUGAAUUUGCCACCAGUUUCUAGCUUACAGAUCCAUCUGGAUGAAAGCACAAAUACUAAUGUUCACUGAAUUCCCAGCAAAAUCCUAUCAUUUGUGAGUGAUGUUAGAUUUUAAUAACAAAUUUUUGCUUUAAAAGCGAUCAGUGCGCUCAUGUUCAAGGAUAAAUCUGCAAGUGGAUUACCUGUCCAAUCCUUUUGACCUGCAGAAAGCACCUCAGGAAGUUUGGAUUUUCGACAAUUAUGUGGAAUCAGUUCAUAGGAAAGAGACCCACUGCAGAGUAAUCCUCCACUCACAUGAACUCCAGCCCAUGUUUAACCAAAAGAGUGCAGGGAAUUCUCCGAAAUGAGAAUAUUCUACAAUUAUUUAGGUUUUGCGGAUUUUUUUUUUUUAUAGUUCUGUCAAUCCACAUCAUAUGGGAAAUCUAUUUGGCAUCAUCGCUGCAUUGCUUAUUUAAUCCCCAGGUUAGGAAUCUGAUUCAGAAUGACAUUUUAAACCGCAAAAGACAAUCUAAUGGGACAUGAAUGUCUGUUUCUAUCAGUCUACCUGCAGGGAAUCUGUGUGAAAGUGUAAUUCUCUCUUCUCAUUUCUUAUGAGAAUCUGGUUUCAUCGGCGUGGUCCCGGAAGAACCGUAAUGUCGACUUGUGCUCGGCUCAGACAGUCGCUUAAGCAGAUGUGUUAGAGCGUCUAACGCUAAAUCCCUUUAAAGGCCGAGGCUUGUUGUCCAUCCUGUUAUUAAAGAUGCCAGUGAUAUAUACGAUUUCCUAUUUUGGCACAAGGACUCGGUCUCGUAUUAUAUUAGCAAAUUUGCCAAAGUGCCUUUACAGAGCUGACGCAAACCUCCUGAGACUCGCACAUCUACUCUCUCGAGUCUCUCAUAGGCGGGAUGUCAUGCACCAGAAGACUGAUGCAACCCCGAGCCACUGCGGUGCAGUUACUCCCGUUAUGUGGUGAUGUUUUUAUUUGCGCUGACAGACGUCCACACCGCCCUCUCCCUUUGCUUGUUAUGAAGAGCUUCUCAUAGCCCGGAGCUUGAAACCUCACCUCCUUCUAAACAUAAAUGUAUAUCAUUCUUUCCUCAGGAUAAUUUAAAACACACAACGACCCGCAGUGCAAUUCACAGUUUACUUCAUGUCAAACAUUUAAGGCAUGUUUAAGUGACAUGUUGCGACACUUUGGGUUUUCACAAAUGUUUGUUUUUCUCUUGGAAAUGACACAAGGCAUCCACUCGUUGAUGCCAACCAGAUUCCAUCGUUGUUUGAUUCGCAACCAGAACCAGCAGUCGAAAGGAUAUACGGUUCUGAAUAUGUUCACCAGCUAGUAAACACACAAACAAGCGUCACCACAAUUUCUUUUAGUCACCUUCAUGUAGUCUAAACCACAUUUUCCAAUCCAGCCACCAGAAAACUGGAUAAUACCAACAAUGUGGCCUGUUUCAGGCUUCUCCAAGGAUUAGGUUUAAAAACAUUGUUCUAAGCCGGUAGACAUCCAGGAUUUGAUCCCGAGCUACUAUCUGUAUAUAAGUUCCAAUGCUGCCCAUAUGUCUUUUCGGGUCUCCCUUUCCCUCCCAACUGUGCUAAAUUAAUCCAUACGUAUAAUGGGUGAAUGUACUGCAUCGCCCAAAAGUAUUUAGAUAAAAGUGAAAUUUAUUGUUUCUCAUUUUUUUUAAUAAUGACAAGUUAAUGAGAACAAUUUGUGCACUUAAACUGCUAUACAACAAUCAAUAUUUAGUCACCCUUUAAUAAUUCCUCAGCUCCAUGUGCCUUACUGGAGGAUUUUACUUGUAAAAUUUCAAAGUUUGAAAACCAACCCUGAUAUUCUACCUCUCACUAAUUUCUUCAAAAUAUCCUGAAACCUCCAGUGAUCCACUCCCUCUCCAACAGCACCUGCUAGAGCCAAGGCUGGACCAUGGAUUUGGUCUUACGGUUCAUGCUGGUAAUUACGAGAGUUAGAAAAGAAAACAAAACUAGAAGAUUUGAAUGGUAGGAUCAUCUGAACCUUUGGGAAAAAAAAGGUAUAAGCAGAUUGUUUCUUCUGUUGUUCACAUCUGGAUAUUCUGUAUACAGUACAUCCUUUCAGCUUCUACUAAGACCUAACAAGUAGAGUAAUGAACACUUGAAAUAAAAAAAAUGCAAACGUGUAGGAUCAAACCUGCAUCAUGCCUUAGAAAAUUUAGCAAAUUUAAGAUGACUCAGUGCUCAAGAAAACAUAAAAGCGAUGAUUGCAAUCAGAAGUUAUUUGAUUCUCAUUCUUAAUUCUUAACCAUUCAAGCUGGAGCCACUAUUUCUUUUACACAUCCCAUUGUGAAAAUCCUUCUGUGCGAGAGCUCUGAUGAUUUCUAAAUCAUUUGCCCCGGUCUGCGCUUUCACUGUGGUUUUUUUUUUUUUUUUUUUUUUUAAUUCAUACUUGACCGAUGACUGAUAGCUUUCUGGAAAUCUGGAUGACACAUGCUGAUCUUCGGUGCUGUGCCUGGAUUUACCCGUCUGGAGUUUCAAUAAAAUCACUAAGGAGAGCAUGUGUACACUACAUUCCCAGUGUCUACACUGCUGGAUUUUAUCAGGUUUACUUAGGUUAAAUGUAUUGAUUAUUUUGUAGGUGACUGUAAUAUUACUGACUGUAGCUUAUGAGUGGCAUAGUUCUCAAGUUUUCAGUGUGUUAAGGCUCUGGGUUACUGACCACUGUCGGGCUUUUAACCCUUUCUGCUCCUGGUUGCUGUAUAAAGCUAGGAUAUGUGAAGAAAGAAUUUUACUGUAUGCAGUAAUGUAUAUAUGUGACAUAAUAAAUACAUUGUUCUUCUUCUUU